AUGGGCAAUCGAGCAGCAUGUUUUUGCCUUAUAGCGUUGAUCUUUGAAGGUUCAACAUCGGCUUUCUUUUCCACAAGCACAAUCAAGUUUCGUUUCCUACAACCUCUGAAGAAUUCAUACUUGGAGAACCUGUCGCCGUACAACAAAGAUAACAGCAAGGGAACUACAUCAACUGAAACCGUUGGCUCAACAGACGUUGGCAGCACACGUGUACUCAUUACACCUCAUCUUCCAGUCGUAGAUGGCGGGGAUGAUGCCGCAAAAAAUUCACAACCCGAGAGGGAAACAAUUCUUCCAAAAGACACUGCUCCUCCUAGAGCAGAGGGGCAACAGAAGACAGCAGAUACGAAAGUAUUCCCCAGCAGGGAAGGGUCUCCCACUUUUCCAAACGUGACCGAACAUCCUCCUAGAUGGACGGAAGUGAAACCAGGCACUGGUAAAGAAAAGGGGCAACAGAAGACUGCAGAGGCCAAAGUAUUUCACAGGGAAGGAUCUCCCACUUUCCCAACCGUGACCGAGCAUCCUCCUAGAUGGACGGAAGUGAAAUCAUCAGAAAACUCUCGGCAGGCCAAAGGGCUUCAAAAGUCUGCCUAUGAGCUCGAAAGAGAGAAAUACGAUCAAGGUUAUUUUGCGCACAAUUCUCGAGACACACCGUCAUCAUCAUCAUCAAGAAAGCAAGAUUUUAAGCAGGAUGAAGGAGCUGAAGAUGAAGUUGUCCAGGCGGAAGUCGUUGAGGUGCUUCCUAGUGAUCCUCCACCAAUUCCAAAUGAUGGUCGUCACGACUACCUUGCUUCCAAAAACAUGGAACUUGCGCAAGAAAACUCGCAUCUUCAGCAGCAAAACGAGAGGCAAAAAUUCGAACUCGAAUCGUUUCUUCGGGGCUCCCUUUCUAAUCCUCAGGUCGCCCCCGAUAACAGAGCUCCUCUUUGGCAUAAUGAUGGAUUGCUUUCUGACCCUCUCGACCGUCACGUCCCCGUCCCCAAUAACAAUUAUCCCGCGAAUAACCACCUGGCGGCGCCUCCUCCUCCUCUUUGGCAGGAUGAUAAUUUGCUUCAAGAGAACUCCAUGCUUAGAUCUGAGAAUGAGCUCCAAAGACAGGAUCUCCAGGCUGUUACAUCUGAGAUAGAUAACAUGGAAAGUAUGAUCCAGUCAAUCGAAGACAGAUCCUAUCUUGAGAUACAGAAGCUGGAGAACUUGAACGACCAACUCAGAGAUGACAAUGAGCGACAAAAGCAGCAGGUGGAAAACUUUACACUGCAAAUGAGCGACAUGCAAAAUAUGGUUCAGGCGAUUCGCGAUGAAGCGGUGUCCUUGGAAAAUGAGAAGAAAAAACUGCAAAAUGAUAAUGAUCUUCUUACGGCAAAGCUACAAGGAUUGGAGGGUGACAGUGAGAGAAAAAGAUACGAGCUGGGGAACUCAAAUGAUCAGAUAUCAGGCUUGCAAAAUGUUAUUGCAAACUUGCAGAGCGAUUAUUCCAAGUUGCAAAAUCAGUAUGAUCUAGAAAUCAAAGACAGAAACUCAUUGGAGUCAAAAUUUGAUGGUGUGGUCGGAGAAUUCGAGAAACAGCGAUACGAACUAGAAGCUUACAAGAAGGAUAGAGCAAGCAUGGAGAGUCUCGUCCAUUCAAUUAGGGAAGAGUCAGAAGCUCUAAAGAGUGACAAGAAAGAACUUCAGGAUACAACCACAACCAUGAAACUGACGAUGGAUGAUAUGUCGCAACAGCUCCGGACGUCGCAAAACAAGAUUGGCAAUUUGAAUGCUGAAAACGAAGAAAUUGUCAAAAAGAGCCAAACAGCUUACAGCCGGUUGCAGAACCAGCUUGAAGUCUCUUUGAAUGAAUUGAAGCAGAUAUCUGACGAGAAGAAUGGGAUGAAAAUGCGCAUGCAAUCGUUGGAAGACGAGAACAAAAGGCAACGCUAUGACAUCGACAAUAGUUCGAGAGAUAAAAGAGCUUUAGAAGUUCUGGUCAAGUCAAUGCAAAGUGAAGCAGAAGCACUGAAGAACGACAAAAGAGAACUGGAGACAACUCUAGCAGGAUUCCAGCAGGAAAAUCAAAAGCUUUUGCAGCAGCUAUCAAGUUCAGAAAAGGAAAUCGAAAGACUUCAAAGCGAGAAGGACAAUGCCGUAUCCCAAAGCAAUGAGUACUACGAGCAAUACCAACAGCUUCAAUUGAGAUUUCAAGAAGUACUUGAUGAUCUCGAGGCUUGCCAACGAGACGGAGCUCGUUUUCGUGCCGACCUGCAAUAUGACAACGUAAACGAAGAUUUUAUGAGCAGGAUCAACAGUCGACAGCAAAACCAAAUGAGGAGGAAUCAAAUGGACGGGCCGCCAAGGGGGGACGGAAGCUGGUGGAACUAG